AAUGCAUGUGUAGCUCGGUCUCGCCUGUUCUCCCUUCGACCAAAUACAUUUAAUCGGACAGAACACCCGGAUAAACAAAAUGCAGAAUAUUUAAAAGAAGACGACAGAUUUUUUUUAAAAAAAAGGAGCUCCCGAACCCCGCUGGAAGAGAAAAGGGCAAAGAUUAGCUCAGCCUGAGCUAGGAAAGUCCAGGUCGUAGAUUUCAAUUCAGGGUUUUACAUAGGAAGUUGGGAAAUUAGGGUUUUGAUUGUGGAGUGAUGGAAGCCCUGGUUGUUGAUGCGGGCUCCAAGCUCCUCAAAGCAGGAGCUGCUAUCCCCGACCAAUCCCCUGCAAUGAUAAUUCCAUCACAAAUGAAGCGCAUGCUUGAUGACGGGUCCUUAGCCGAUAACCCAGUGUUUGAGGACGUCACUGUCGAUCCUAUUGAACGGGGCUUCAUUAAGGAUUGGGAUGCCAUGGAAGAUUUGCUGCGAUAUGUUGUGUACACUGGGCUUGGAUGGGAGGAGGGAAAUGAAGGCCAGAUACUAUUCACGGAUCCACUCUCUACUCCCAAGGCUAUUAGAGAACAAUUAGUGCAAUUGAUGUUUGAAACAUUCAAUGUCUCUGGAUUUUAUGCAUCGGAGCAAGCUGUAUUAUCCCUUUAUGCUGUUGGCCGGAUCUCGGGUUGCACUGUUGAUAUUGGCCAUGGGAAGAUAGCAGAUAUUGCCCCAGUUCUUGAAGGUGCUGUUCAGCACAUUGCCUCAAAACGGUUUGAGCUUGGUGGGACUGAUCUGACAGAACUAUUUGCUCAAGAGCUUGGGAAAUCCAACCCAUUGAUGAAUCUUACCAUGUCUGAUGUUGAAAAAUUGAAGGAGCAGUAUGCGUGUUGUGCUGAGGAUGAAGUUUCGUAUGAGAAAGCCAGAAAUUGUGCAAUGGAGCAGCAUACGCUUCCUGAUGGACAGGUGAUAACCAUUGGGCGGGAGAAAUACACUGUUGGUGAAGCUCUGUUCCAGCCGUCAAUACUGGGUCUAGAGGAGCAUGGAAUCGUCGAGCAGCUUGUCCGCAUUAUCUCUAUGGUGUCAUCUGAGAACCACCGACAGCUCUUAGAGAAUACUGUGCUUUGUGGUGGUACAACCUCCAUUACAGGGUUUGAAGCUAGAUUUCAGAAAGAAUCAAAUCUGUGUUCAUCAGCUAUCCGACCUGCCUUGGUUAAGCCACCGGAGUACAUGCCUGAGAAUUUGGCCUUGUAUUCGGCAUGGGUGGGAGGAGCUAUACUUGCCAAAGUUGUGUUCCCCCAGAACCAACAUGUGACUAAAGCAGACUACGACGAGACUGGGCCUUCUGUAGUUCACAGGAAAUGCUUCUGACGGUGUUGAGCCUCUGCUAUGUUGUUCUCCAUUAUAUUCGUUGUUACACUAAGUUAAAUCUCUUAAAUUGUAGCAUAAGAUUCGUUGCUUAGCAAACGUUGUGUUUAUUCUUGCUUGGGUUAAACGUAAUUGCUUCUUUUUUUUUCUUUCUAGUUUUAGGGUUUUUUUUGUUUCUCUACUUAAUGUAUUUUAUUCUUGGGCUAUUAAACACAAAAUCCUACGUU